UAGCAAUCACAUACAUGCAUAAAUAGAUAAAGGAGACAUUGAGAAUACAGGCAAAGGAGAGGUUGAAGUUACAUUGUUAUAAUGUUCGUAGAUCACAUGUUGAAAUGUGAACAGAGCUGGCAGAGCACAAGUGGUACCAUGAUCUCUCCAUAAGUAUUUAGUUGCCUUUCUUUGACAGAAAAUAAAAACUUGAAAUAUUGGGUUUCUUACGCUUUUUGCCGAUUUACUUCCAGGAGUAAAUAACAUUAACACGGACUACUUGUAAGCUUGUUGAUCACAACCUAACACCGGUGAAGUCGUUUUAGAUCCUGUGCACAGAGUUUCUGAAAUGGAAUCCCCUAUCUGUUUGAUUGAAAACAAUGGGACGCUACGCGUUGUACCAGAGGCAUUGUCCUAUCUUAUGGGAGUCAGGCAACCCGUUGUGGUUGUGGCCAUAGUGGGAUUGUACCGUACUGGCAAGUCCUACCUGAUGAACAAGCUGGCAGGAAAGCAGAAGGGUUUUUCCCUGGGAGCCACCAUACAGUCAGAAACUAAGGGCAUCUGGAUGUGGUGUGUACCUCACCCCCUUAAAAAGGACCACACUCUGGUGCUCCUGGACACCGAGGGGCUGGGCGACGUGGAGAAGGGAGACCAGGAGAAUGACGCCUGGAUCUUCGCUCUCGCCAUUCUUCUGAGCAGCACUCUGGUCUACAACAGUAAAGGUACCAUAGACAACCAAGCAGUGGAAAACUUACAAUAUGUCACAGAGUUGACUGAUCGGAUUAAGGUGAAAUCGCCAGCCAGUGCUUCAUCUGCUGAGGAUGAUGAUGAUGAUGGGGCAGACGUACAGUUUGUGCAGUUCUUUCCCAGUUUUGUAUGGGCUGUGCGUGAUUUCACUUUGUUGCUGGAAAUUCAUGGAACGAAAGUAACUGAAGACAAGUAUCUGGAACAUGCUCUCACCCUUAAAAAAGGAAACGACAAGAAGACCGUAGCCUAUAACCUCCCUCGAGAGUGCAUUCGGAAUUACUUUCCAGAAAGGAGAUGUUUUGUGUUUGAAACGCCUGCAGCUGCAGAGAAAAUGGCCCACCUUGAGUCCAUGGAUGAAAAUCAGCUCAGUCCAUCAUUUAAGGCAGUUACUUCGAAGUUCUGCAGCUAUAUCUACAAUGAAAGUUCAGUUAAAAAAGUGAAAGGUGGACUCCCAGUCACAGGAAGGAUGCUUGGCUACUUGGCAAAGACCUACGUGGAGACCAUUGCUAGUGGAGGUGUUCCCUGUCUGGAGAAUGCGGUGGUGGCCAUGGCCCAGAUUGAAAACCAGGCAGCUGUGCAGGAAGGAUUGCUGGUGUACAAGAAGGGCAUGCAGGAGAUCACCUUCCCAGUAGACAUGGAGGAGAUGUCCAGGCAGCACGGGCAAUGGGAUUCCCAGGCCAUCGAAGCAUUCAAAAACCGAUCCUUUAAGGAUGAGAAGGGCGAAUACAUGAAAACACUAAUGGAAGCUAUCAAAGAAUCUUAUGCUGCUUUUCUUGCUGAAAAUGAGGAAGCCUCUGAAGACCUUUGCAGACAGUUGCUUUCAAAGCUUUCUGAGCCAAUAGCCAAGAAACUGGAGAAUGGGUUCUAUGCUAAACCGGGUGGGUAUGAGCUUUAUUCUGCGGAUGGCAAAGCCUUACUGGAUGAAUACAACAGAAAGCCCAACAAAGGAGUCAAGGCGGAAGAAGUCCUAAAGAACUUUCUAAAGGAGAAGAGUGUGGAAACUGCUGCAGUCAUGCAGGCUGAUAAGCAACUGACUGAGAAAGAGAAGAAAAUCCACGAGGAAAGAGAGAAGGCGGCAUUGCUGGCUCAGCAGAAAAAAGCUGAAGAGGAGAAACGUUUACAGAUGGAGAAGAUCCUCAAGGAUGAACGUGAAAGCCAUGAGAAGGCAGUUGAGGUGAUUAAAAAGAAAAUGGAGGAUGAAGUGGCCCUUCAAAAGAAGGAGUUAGAAAAGGCUUUAGAGUGCAAACUCAAAGAGCAGAGGGAUCUGAUGCAGCAAGGUUUUAAGGCGAAGUCUGAUGAAAUGACACAAGCAAUCAACAGCCUCAGAGCAGACAUGGCACGUGUGAGAUCACCCAACCCUUGUAAUAUCAUUUAGUAACUAUGUUCCCUCCUAAUUUACUUACUGGAUUACGCAGUUUUCAUUGUAGCUUUAUGCUCUCGCAGACAAAAUGCAGCAAGGUUUCACCAUUAAAUAAUGGUUUGAUCGGUAAAAUAACUAUAUUCAAGGCUCUCUUUGUAAUGGCUUUAAUAUUCAUUGAUCUGUAUUUAUGAUUCUUUUUGGAAAUGUGUUCACAUAUUUGACUGUUUGUCCUCAUGACUUAAUCUUGAACAGUACUGAUAGAGAGCAGUGUGGCUGCUGACCCUGGAUGUCAUUAUUAUAAAUAUUUAGUAAAUAUAACAAUAUUAAGUACACUGUCAUUCAUUACACCCAAAUCACCAGUAAGAUGAGAAUGUCCAAAGGAGCAGCUAGGGAAGUGAGUGAGAAAGAGGCCCAGUGUCCCGUCUGAUCCAGAAGGCAUGACCCAGAGGCAGGAUUCUGCGGAACGCAGAGGGAUUUAAUAUGAAUGGGACAUGAACAACCAGGAAACAAAGGACCAUGAGGGGCUAAAGGAAGGAGUAACAAGGCAGGAGCGAGGUGAACCAGAACACAGGGAGCACUGCAGGGAAGGCAGACACUGGGAACCAGGAGUGCACCAAAUAGCAAUAACAGCAACAAUGACUGUACUGAAACACAGUAAGGGCAAGCACAUACACACACAACUAACAAAGGACUAAUAAAAGACAGAUGUGGGGGAAUUAUCACAUCAGAAUGAGAAAAAUUAUGUGAUUAUGGGAUGGCCAGCAUCCUCUGCUGGCUAGAUGGGGACAUGACGGAGGAGGAGGAUGGUACCCUGGAGCUCCUGCCCCAGGUUGUGUUCAGGGAAACAAAUUCAGGACAGGGACAUGAGAGCUGUAGCCUAACUCAUACGAGGAGAAAUACUGUGUCUUAGAGAACAUAAAAUGCAUUGAAUAAUGUAAAAAUGUAUACAUGACAUUAUUAGAUAGAUCUAGAUGCUUCAGUCACUUUCUUGUGGCUCAGAGUCUCUGUCUCCUGUACACAAGUUCCCGAUGAAAUUCAAACUUCAACAUGGUUUGGUUAAUUAUGGCACCACUUAUGUGUUAACAAAUAAAAUGAAGAUUUCAGUGUA